GUUUUUCAGUCCAGAAGGUGUCUACUCUUGAGGAAAAAGAUAAGUUCCUCUUUCUUCCUUAGGAAAGAAGGAAACCAACAUUUAUGGAGCACUUACUGCAUGCUAGAUAUACUCAACAUUGAUUUUUCUUUUAAUUCUCACAACAGUUGUGAGAAGUGGAUAUUAUUCCCAUUUUACAGAUGAAGCAACUGGCUCAGUGAGGUGUAGAGACGUGUAAAGUUCACCAAGCUGUUAAAUGGUGGAGCCAGGAUUCAUCUCUAGGUCUAUUGCCUCUGAUGUACAUGUUGUCCAUGGACAAGUCUUCUUAUCCAGGGACGGAGCCUAAAUUGUCCACAUCUAGAGGACUGGGCCUAAUCUGUGAAAUGAAGAACUCCAAAGGGAGUGCUCCCUUCUUGCCUGGUGCCCUUCUUUAAUUUUGGUCUUUUCUGUACCUAACAUGAUGCUUGUUCAUUUCUCUACUUAGUCAUGGCUGCUCUGUGCUCAUUUGUAAGAGCAAAACAAAUUGACUUAGAUGCAGUUCUUACUUCAAAGUGUGCGGUUUCUUUGGGGGAGAUCAAUAUAUCCAUGUAUAAAAUAGAGAUUACAGUAGUCCCCCCUUAUCCGAGGGGAGGGAUUCAAAGAUCCCCAGUGGAUGCCUGAAACCAUGGAUAGUACUCAACUCUAUAUAUACUAUGUUUUUUCCUAAUUGACAGGCUAAUGGGUAGGUAGUGUUUGCAGCAUGGAUAUACUGGACAAAGGGAUGACUCAUGUUCCAGGCAGGCCGCUAGGCAACUCAGAACUGGCACGAAAUUUCAAACUUACAAAUUGUUUAUAUCUGGAAUUUUCCAUCUCACAUUUUCAGACCAUGGUUGACCUUGGGUAACUGAAAGUGUGGGAAGUGAAACCAAAAAAAGUGAAACUACGUGUAAGGGAGGACUACUCUACUACUCAUGUAUACAUUAAAUAAAAUGAAAAGAAGCUGUACUUAAGUGCCAGUUUGAGGACUGCAGUCAGUGGUGUCUGUGCUAGAGGAGGGGAAAAAUCAGUGUGCACCCAGUGAUUGAGGAAGACUUCCUGAAGGAGGAACCUGUUACAUUCAAGGAUGUGGCCAUGGACUUCACCGAGGAGGAGUGGGGGCAACUAGACCCUGCACAAAGGGCCCUGUACAAAGAGGUGAUGCUGGAGAUCUAUGGCAACCUGGUCUCAGUGGGAAAGAAACUUUACAACUGUGCUGAGUGUGGCAAGAGCUUCAGUCGGAGCACAGACCUUCGCUAUCAUCAGAGAAUUCACACUGGAGAGAAACCUUUCGUAUGUGAUACGUGUGGCAAAGGCUUCAGUUAUAAUACAAAUCUUCGCGUUCAUCAGAGGGUUCACACAGGAGAGAAACCUUUUAAGUGUGAGGAGUGUGGCAAGGGCUUCAAUCAGAGCUCCAACCUUCGCAUCCAUCGGAGAGUCCACACUGGAGAGAAACCUUUCAUAUGUGGUAUAUGUGGCAAAGGCUUCAGUUACAACACAAAUCUUCGAGUUCAUCAGAGAGUUCACACAGGAGAGACACCUUUUAAGUGUGAGGAGUGUGGCAGGGGUUUUCAUCAGAGCUCCAAUCUUCGCAUCCAUCAGAGAGUCCAUGCUGGAGAGAAACUGGACAAAUGUGAUAAGUGUGGUAAGGGCUUCAGUGAAAGCAUAGAUCUCCAAGUGCAUCAGAGAGUCCACGCAAGAGAGACUGUUUAAAUGUGAAACUCUUAAAACAAACUUUCAGGCUUAUCAGAAAGUCCACACAGGAGAGAAUCCUUUAAGUGUGAGGAGUGUGAUCAAGACUUCAAUCACAGCUCUAAUCUUCACAUUCUCCAGAGAGUGAAAUUGGAGAGACACUCUACAAAUGUGGUGUGUGUGAUAAGGGCUUCUUCUGAGCAUAGAUCUUCAAGUAUAUGGAAGAAUUCACAGGAUAAAAUCAUUUUUAUGUGGUAAAUGUGGUAAGGGCUUUGGAAAGAGUGCUAACCUUGAGCUCAUCAAUAAAUCCACACAGGAGAGAAAUGUUACAAAUGUGCUGAGUGUGGUAAAGGUUUUGUUUGGAACACAGAUCUUCUCAGAGAGUCUACACAGGAGAAAAACCAUUAAAUGUGAUACCUGUGAUAAGGCUUCAGUUACAACACAAACCUUCCCGUUCAUUAGAGAGUCUACACAGGGUAGAAACCCUGUGCAUGUGAGAAGUGAGCUCAAGUCUUCACAUCCAUCAGAUUUCAUGUGGGAGAGAAACCCUACGAGUGUGGAGAAUGUGGCAAGAACUUUUUCUAGAGUGCAUAUCUCACCCUUGACCAGAGAGUCCGUUCCUUCUGUAAUCUCUGAGCUCCGUGAGACUGCAGCCAUGCGUGCUUCACUCACCAUUGUGUCCCCAGCUCCUAGCGCAGUGCCUGGCAUGAGGAGCCACUCCGUAAAUAUUAGUUGAAUGAGAAUCCAUGUGGGAGAGAACUCCUGUUCGUGUGAUGUGUGUGGUAAGAGCUUCAAGGUCCACAUGUUGAAACCUUUUUAAAAAACAUGUUGUGGUAAAAAUUUCAGUCAGAUCAUGGGUUUCAUCAUGAGUUAAUCCCUGCAGGAGACAAAUCUUCUUAACCUGGCAAAUAUACUAAUGGACUUAAUCAGAGAUAUCAUAUUAAAUCAGUGUAGUAAAUUUAAAAAUACAGAUCUUUAACAUAAAAAUCCACAACCUCCAAAACUGUCCAUUGUAAAAAUACUUUGGUCAAAACUCAUACGUUAAAACAUGUAUCUAAUUAUUUUUCAGGAAAAAAAGAUCCUAUGAAUACCCUAAUGAAAUUAUGUGUUGGGCUUUGGACUGACCACGUCUACAUAAGAUUGACUCCACUAGAAUCUGGUAGCGGUAGCCAUUCUUUUUUUGUGUGUUUCAUCUCAUAGAGGCAUAUGUUAGACAUAACCGGUGAGUUAUCUAGGACCAGUGACUAACAAGGUCUGCCUCUGGAAAAGAUGCCCCUUACCUGGCAAGAGUGCCCUUCCAGGCUAGAAGCCUCCUGGCCCUAAUUGAGUGUCUCCCUGUCCAUCAUGUCACCAGGCUGCUGGGUGUCUCACACCAUGGAUUGUAGAAAUCACCAGGUGAGGCAUCUUCAGGGUAGAAGAGAUGGCUAAAGAAAGGGGCUGGGUCAGGGUUUAUGGAAGGGAGUUAGAGGAGAGGAAAGCAGUUCUGAAAGGGUAGGGAAUGGUUAGAAGGAAAAGGAAAAGAACAGUACCUGGAAGGUAGGUCAUGGGAUGGUGGGGUGGACAGCCCACAGGUUUCUCCAAAGUCUCUAGCAAGUGUAUUGACCCCCAGUACAGGGCUCUCCCUGGAGGUCUGUGCUGGCCAAAGAGUGGUGUGUAGUGGGUAGAGAUGGACCCCAUUGGCAUCAGGGCCAUUUGGGUCCAGGGGGAGAGGAACUGCUGAGAAGGGCUGUGGAAGGCAACUCUGUGCCCCAUCGUUUCCCCAGGUGGGCCAAGGUAGGAGGGACCAUUAUCCGUCCAACGGAAGAAAGGAACAUGUAUGAAGGCAAUAAUAAGGUUGACCACCUUCAGGAGGCAUAAAUUAAUCAGAGACAGAGCCUGGGGGCCUGGCCAUGAAGAGGGAGGACCUGAGCCAGUGGAGGUUAGGAAGAGUCAGUGACCAAGUUUCAUCACUAAAUCUGGGUAGAGAAGAGAGAAAGUUUGUCAACAUUUCCAUCAAAUCCUUCACCUAAGAGCAAUGUGUUCUACUCUGUGCUCCCUAAGCAGCCAUUUCAGAGGAAAGGCUAUCCAUGAUUAGAAAGACUUUUAGGCUCUUUAAGAGGGCUUCCAUGGCCCAUUGGCCUAAGUCAGGAAAGGGAGUUGUUAUCCUCAAGGACUAUAAUGGCAGCUGGCACGUGGGAGGCACUCAAAUAUCGGUGAAUGAAGGUAUUAAUAAAAUUCUCACAACUCUGAGGUUUUAUAUUAUUUUCUUUUCCUUCUUCCUCUUUGUUUUCCUCUCUGUCUCUUCCCUUAUAUUUUUUCUUUCUCUCUGUUUUUAGAUUUAAAAAAAUAUUUUAAGUAUAAAAUAUUUGAGACAUACAGAAAAGUUCAGAAAAUAAUAACUUUUCUCACUUCUGAGAUUAAGUAGAUGUUAAGAUUUUUGCCAUAUUACCUUCAGAUAUUUUUGUUAAAGGAAAAAAACAACAGAUACAGCUAAAGCCUCAUGCUCUAUCUUUUCUGUGAACUCUGCUCAGAGGUAACCAUUAUGCCUAAGUUACUGUGUAUUACUCCUGUUAUUUUUUUUUCUUAUGACCUGUAUGUCCAUGGUAUUUUAAAUUUUUAUAUAGAUUAUAUAAUAUUGUAUAUUAUCUUUUUGCAGUUUGUUUUAUUCACUGAAUAAAUUCCUAUUACAUUUUUGAGAUUUUUGAGAUUGUUUUAUGCUGAUGUUUUAGAACUAAUUGAUGGAUUUUAACUUCUGUCCUAUUCUAAGCUAUCAGAUAGAUAUUCUUUUAAUAAAUUAUUUGUAUACCCCUGUGCCAAUAACACACUUUUGACUAUUUCAGCUUUAUAGGAAUUGUCUUGGCUAUUUAAAGCCCCUUAUUCUUUCAUAUAAAUUGUAGGAUCAGCUUGUCAAAAUCCUUGAAAAAAUCUGUUGGGUUGAGAUUCUGGGGGUUUUGUUUUUUUCUUUUUCUCCUCUUUCAUUCUUUCCAUUGGAUUAUGUUUUCUUUAUUAUCCCUUUAUUUGCCUCUACAAGAUUAGUAGUUAAAUUUUAUCUCUUUUUGUUUUAUGUUAACACGCAUAGUUUAAAGUCUGUAUUAUGCCCUCCUUAACAAUAUAAAGAACACUAACUCUUUUUCUCCUUCUCCCAUAUUACAUGUUAUGUUGUUUAUGGUUUUAAUUUCAUUGUGUUUUUAACAACAACAACAACAAAUUGUCACUAUUAUUGUUGCUGUAAAUAACCAGUACAAGUUUGGAUUAACAUACACAUUUGCCAAUUUCUUUCCACUAGUUCUUGCAUUUCCUCCUUCCUUCUGAGUUCUAUUUCCUCAGCCUCUGAGAGCAGAGGCAUAUUGUGUAGUAGUUACAAGCACCAACUCUGCAGCCAGACUGCCUGGGUUUGAUAUCCAGCUCUAUUGAUCUCUGGCUAUGUGACCUUGAGCAGAUCACUUAAUUUCUUUGUGCCUCAAUUUCUCCUUCUGAAAAAUAGGAAUGAUAAUAUUAUUUACUUCUUGGGGUUAGUAUUAGGAUCAAAUGAAUUAAUACUUGUAGAAUGAUUAAAAUAAGGCCUGGUACAUACUGAGCCUUAUAAAAGUGUUUCUUAUGUAAAUAAAAUGAAAUCCUCAGUAGUUUUUUAGCAAGUGUGCCUGAGAGUAGUAAAUUCUUUAUUUCUCCCUUACUGUUGAAUUAUAGCAUAGCUGGGUAUAGAAUCAAAAUUGACAUUUAUUUUUAUUCAGCAGUUCCUUAGCCUUUAGUGCUGCUAUGAAAAUUCUGUUAUUAGCCUAAUUGUUUUUCCCUUUGAGACAGUCUGUCUUUUCUCUCUGGUUGCUUUUAAGAUUGCCUCUUUAUUUUUAAAGAGGUUUUGCAAAAUCCUGAAAAUCAGAAAAAUGUUCUGCCAUUUUACUAAAUGUAUCUGGAUGUAGGUUUACUUAUAUGUUUCUUAAUGAGGAUACAUUGUGCUUCUACAGUGCUAUUUUUUUUUUUGAGGAAGAUCAGCCCUGAGCUAACAUCUGAUGCCAAUCCUCCUCUUUUUUUGCUGAGGAAGAUUGGCCCUAGGCUAACAUCCAUGCCCAUCUUCCUCUACUUUAUAUGGGAUGCCGCAACAACAUGGCUUGCCAAGCGGUGCGUCGGUGCGUGCCAGGGAUCCGAACCCGCAGCCCCUGGGCCGCCAAAGUGGGACGCGCACACUUAACCGCUAUGCCACCAGGCCAGCCCCCUACAAUGCUAUUUUCUAUUUUAUUAAUUUUUUAUUCUUUAUUAUAUCAAUCUACUUCUUUUAGGUUUAUCUUUUUUUCCUAGCUUCUUGAGUUACAUGGUUAGAGCUUAUUUAUUUUUAGCCUUUCUUAUUUUCUAAUAAAUGCAUUUCAGUGAAUUUAAUACUUUGGCAGCAUCCUUUCCAGAAGACAGUUUGGCAAUAUAUAUCAAAAACAUUUACAAUGUCUAAGCCUUUUGACUCAGAAAUUUCACAUCUAAGAAUCUGUGUUAAGGAAAAAAACAUCAGAUGAAUUAUGUAUAAAAGGUAUGCAUUAUGUAUAAAAGGUAUGCAUUACCAUGUUAUUUCUACUAUUUUUAAAAAUAAGGAAAGGAUUACUUUACAAUAACAGAAAUAUUUUUUCUAAAUCAUAAUAUAUCUGUAUAAUGCAGUAUUCUCCAGCAAGAAAAAUGAUGUUUGUGGAUCAUUUUUAAUGACUUAGGGAAAUAUGCAUAACAUAGCAGAUAUAAAGACACACACAUAGAGGAAAAAACUGGAAAGAAAUACACUAAUAUAUUAACAAUAUCAGUGGAUGAUUUAUUUUUAUUUUUUAUUUUAUGCUUUUUAGGAUUUUGCAAGCAGUCUCUAAUGCUUCCCAAUCCCUAUUGACAGCAGUAUUGAUUCCUUUAAUUACAAAAUGAUAUAUAUAUAUAUCUCUCUUAUAAAUUAUCAAACUAUUAUGAAGCAAAAGUAAAUAUAACUGGUUUAUGAUGGAGUGUCAACUCAGUGGGUUAUGUAUGAUCAUGAAAUAGUUUUAUUUUUUUCCAGUCUGCCUUCAUUCAUAUUCUGUUGAAUCCCCCUGAGUGAAUGAAUGAAUGAAUGAAUGAAUAUCGAGUGGGAAAGAGAGACCCUGGAGGAGGGUUUUAGGAAACAAUAGGAGUUGUUCUGAGGGGCCGGCCUGGUGGUGUAGUGGUUAAGUUCGCGCACUCCGCUUCGGCGGCCCCAGGGUUCGCAGUUCGGACCCCAGGCAUGGACCAACGCACCAUUCAUCAAGCCAUGCUGUGGCAGCAUCCAGCAUACAAAAUAGAGGAAGAUGGGCACAAAUGUUAACUCAGGGCUAAUCUUCCUCAGCAAAAAGAGGAAGAUUGGCAAUGGGUGUUAGCUCAGAGCCAGUCUUCCUCACAAAAAGAAAAAAAAUCUGAGAUACCAUUUCCCAGCUAUCAGAUUAGCAAAAAGUUGAAAAGUUAAAAAACCCAUUGUCAGUGAGGCUAUAGAGAAAUAGGCAUUCUCAUACAUUGUGGGGGAGGUUGCAAAAUAGAUCAACUCCUAUUUGGAGAGGAAUUUGACGAUAUCUACCAAAACUAUAGAUACAUUUACCUUUUGAUCCAGUUAUCCUAUUACUGAGAAUCUAUCCCACGGAUACACCUGCACAUGUUCUUUGAAAAUAUUUGGCAUUGUUUCCAAUAGUAAAAAAUAGAAAACAACACAAAUGUCCAUCAAUAGAAAACUAGUUUAAUAAACUGUAUCCACAUGGUGGAAUGGUAUGCAGCUGUAAUAAAAAGUAACAAAAAUUUUCUUAUUGAAAUGGAAAUAUCUCCAAGAUAUAUUAUCAGAUGAAAAAUGCAAGGUGAAGAACAAUGUGUGUAUGUGCGUGUAUAUAAAAAUAUAU